AUGGCCUUCAAGCGAUCUCGACAGGCCUUUGAGGCCGACCUGCAGAGGCAGGAAUCUCCUUACGUCUUGUACGGAACACCGCUUCCGCCUUCAGAUGAAAUGGUCCGAGAUGAUGGCUCCUUUGUUCCUGUUUGGAAACAAGAAGUCACCGAUGACCGGGGAAGGAAACGCCUUCAUGGUGCCUUCACCGGUGGCUACAGUGCCGGAUACUUCAAUACCGUCGGAUCGAAAGAAGGAUGGACACCCUCAAACUUCGUUUCCUCCAGAAACAAAGGCAACAAUAGCCUACCUGCCCGUCAACAACGUGCCGAGGAUUUCAUGGACGAGGAGGAUCUACGCGAGGCCGAGGAGGCUCGCUCACUCCAGACAUCUGACCAAUUCGCGGGUCUUGGUACUACUGGAAACGCACAGCGCGGUGACGCUGUAACGGAGAUCUUCAGACCGGCCGGUGAGACAGUCGGUGAGAAGCUUCUCAAACGCAUGGGCUGGAAGGAGGGUCAAGGCAUUGGGCCUCGCAUCCGGCGUGAGGCGAAUCUAGGUGAAGGCCAGUUCUCGACAGGUCAAACUCAUACCUUCGCUCCACCAGAUGUACCUGUACUCGCCUUUACGCAGAAGAAUGAUCUGAAGGGGCUUGGUUGUGGAGACGCCGAUAGCUCGGUCUCGAGGAAAUUCAAUCUGGCCUCAAAUUACAACAAAGCCGUUAAGAAAGCGGACGAGGAUGACGGAGAAGUUCCUCCCCAAUUGUCCAUGUCGCAGUUCAAGUCGCUGGCGCCAACCAAGCCGCGUAAGGGAGGUUUUGGUGUGGGUGUACUCAACGAUACCGGAUCAGACGACGAAGAUCCGUAUUCAAUGGGCCCGAAAAUUUCCUACAACAGGACCAUUGGUGGAGAUAAACCUGUGAAGAAGAGAAAGCCGCCCGCCGCAAACCCAACUUUGCGUAGCAAGCCACUACUUGCGCCCAAGAAGUUGUCUGGUCAGCAAAGCAUUUUGAGGAGAUGCCACGACGGUCGGCUCCCCCUUGAUGGCUUCAUGCUGGGUGAUAGUCUGGAUGCUAUGGCUUCUUUAUCCUUGAAGUCUGAUAAGUACAAACCUCCCGAUGUCCCCGCUGGCUGGGUGUCGAACAUAGCACCGCCAGCUGAUGAUAACGGCACAGACGACUACGUUUCUACAGCCGAUGCAGCCAAAGCGUCUAACCAGACUUCCAAAAGUCGGGCAACAGCACUGGGGGAAACGCAGCUGCCCGGGAAAUCCGUAUUUGAUUACUUAAGCGCUGCGGCUCGAGACCGCCUGGCAGCGGCCAGCGGCAAGACGAAUCUUCCUCCAGGUCUAGGCGAGGUACCUGAAGGCUAUCAGCUGCCGAGAAGUAGCCAUGCAAGCCUCCAAGAUCUCGUCCCUGUGCUUGACCAGGAUGUGGCGCUUCAGGCUCUGAACAGAAGUUCAGACUCCGGUGGCGGCUGGAUGCCAUACGCCGAGGAUCCUUUGAAGCGGGAGCGAUACAGGACAUUUCUGGAGAUCAGAGCCGGUCUAAGACCAACAGGUACAGGCGAUGAGAUCCCUCCCCGAGCCGAAGGGAUGAGUAUGGACGAUUGGGUCCACGAGUUGAACGAGUUUGCCCGCGCCGCCGAGGUUUUCAAACCUGUCAGUGGACUAAUGGCGAGCCGUUUCACCUCUUCCAGCUCCAACUCAAAACAAGCAGAUGGAGGCAACCCAGCUGAUCCCGAUUCCCUUCUCACCUUCAAACGCCAAAAGCCCGAGGACCCAGCAGAAGCUGCAGCCAAGAUGGGCAUGUUCGGACACAUGACCCGAUCAAUGUCCAACUUCUACCCUCCUCGACUCUUAUGCAAGAGAUUUGGCGUCCCCAUGCCCGAUAUCAGCAACAGACCACCAGCCAACGAGCAACCUUCCACAUCUCUGGGUACGGAGGACGCAGUCCAGACGAAUGCAAGUCCAUUUUCAUCCGCUCGUUACCAGGACGACGAGAAGGCAGAGCGUGCACCUCAUGCACCUGAAUCUGCAGCCAGGCGAGACCAGGACAUCAGCGGUGCGACUGCCGCCGACCAGGUCACGCGUGCUAGCGUGGUAGAUCCGGAGAAGAACGACGCGUUGGAGCAGGAGAAGCCGAGCAUGGCGCUUUUCAAGGCUGUCUUUGGUAGUGACGACGAGGAUGAGGACGAGUAG